AUGGAGGUGAGCAAGCACCAUGCGAGCAUUUUUGCCAUUGUGCGGAAGCGGGAGCCGGAUCUCCCGCCGUCGUUCUCGGUGACCGAUACAGGGUCGACGCAUGGAACGUUUGUCUACCGCCCGAAAAAAGAGUCGCCGAAACCUAUGCAUCCGAAUAGCCUCGCCAGGAUUCCAAACGACGCGUUUGUGCGCCUGUCGCCUGCCAAGCACGCGAGCCGGCCGUUUACCUUGCAGCACCUCGAUGUGAUCCGGUUCGGCGUACAGAGCAAUGCGUUUGAAGUGCACAUGCACGGCACAGCGUGGGGAAGCUGCCCCGCAUGCCAGCUCUCGCCGGAUGGUGCGAAUGAAAUUUCGCUCGCACCGCUGGCCGGCGAACGAAACAAGCCUUGCGGGGUGCAGAAAAAUGCGCCACCCGCCAAGAGUGCCAAGCAAAAGGCGGAAUUCGAUACCAAGCGGCACCUCAAAGCCCUCAAGGAGGUCUACCUCAAGCCGCUCCCCCUCUCGGACGAGUCCAAGAGCAUUUCGGCGGUGGGCGGCCCUGCGUACCGCGACCGCGCCUCGCUGCGCCGCGAACGGUACCCCGGCCUGCCCGACGUGAAGCGCGACGUGCCCCGCCCGGAUAUGCCGCCUCCUGCCGCUCCACCCAAGGCGCUGGACGCCUCCAAUGUCGGCUACCAGCUGCUGGCCAAGAUGGCCGACGGUGCGGACCAUAUUCCCACGCAAGCCCCUAUUACGCCCGCCGUGAGCCAUCAGCAUACAAAGCGCUAG